AUGAAGAGACCUUCGCAGUCUGCACGUCUCAGGAAAGAUGGCGCAUCCAGCAAAGCCAUCGUGGCAGUCUUACGAGGCAUACCCAAGGGAGAGACGCGAACAAAGAUGGAGGUCUUCCGCAAAGUGUUGCAAGAAUUGGAUCGUGGAGAUGAAGGUAUUGACACAGGCAUUCGCGCCCAAUUGGGCAGCCAGCUGAUCGCCGUGGUCAACAAGCGAGUUCGUGGCUGGCACCGGGUGGUGAGUUCUGACGGAGGUUUGUGGGACGCCAAGGAACAGCUGGCGCUGCUCCAGGCUGAGGGAGCACGGCCAAGGCCAGGCGAAGCAGUGCGCCGCUGGGCAAAGAGGUGCAAGGCCACUCUUGUCGGGACGUAUCGUGCCUCUUCGGGCCGCGUUGCCUUGGCACGCCACGACCCACGAGUGGACAAAUGGCGGCCUGAAGAAGUGGAGCCGCUUCGAAACAAGGCUGUAUUGAAGGAGCGUCUGGUGCUUUCGGGCGGGAAGCUCUUUCAUCACCCGGACAUGCACAAGCCGCAGCCGCCUGCCUUUUGCUGCAAGACUAUGUCGCGCGCGAAGCCUUGCCGGACGUUGACGGCAGCCCUCAAGAGGGUCCGGCCACGACUUCAGCACGCCCUGGCGAAUGCGCAGUUUGCAGAACUCACACGCAAAGGGGCGGUGUGCAUACGGAACGUCUUGCAGUCACAGGAAUGUUCUCAGCUGCUGCACUUCGCAGCGGGUGCCAACUUCUCCGAUGUCCGGCGCCUCGAUGGGGAGGCCGGUCGAGGUGGUGCUUACCAUUUCUGCGACGGCAGUGCUCCACUACUUGUAGAAGCAAUCCGAACCUCACUGUACGAGUCAAUUCUGGCCCAUUCGCCUUCUCUUGCGCAGAGAUAUGGCAGAACGCUGGCCGAUCUGGAAAAGCGCUGCCGUGCCGCAGGGCAGCUGCAAGCUAAGCUUUUGUUUCUUGGCCCUUCUCUUCUGCUCCUUUGUCAACCUGUGCUGAGGCGACGUUGUGCCACUAUCUUCUUGGCAUUUGGUGAGGGUGGAGUCAAUCUCGCGCAUCAGGAUCCUUAUGGUUCGUUGUUCUUCCCGUACCAAGCAGUGUUGAUGUUAAGCAGACGAGGGCAGGAUUUCAAUGGUGGCGAAUUCUUCGUGAAGAACAUGAAAAGUGGACAGGUUGUCGAAGUGGCGGCCAGUGAGGGAGAUGUGACGGUGUUUGCUGCCAACAGUGCCGCCGUGCAGGGUUCAGAUUUCAAGCAUGGAGUGAGAGAAGUGCAUGGCAAUCGCUUCUCAGUCGGGAUUGUCUUCAACUUGCGCAAGUGA